AUGCAAGCGCAUCUUGUCCAGCAGGUAUGUCAUAGACAAAGUUAUGUUACGAAAAAUUGUGAGGCCUGUCCACAAAACCAAUACAGAUCUACAAGUGGAACAUAUUUUCACUGUGAGAACUGCAGCAAAUGUAAAAAAGGUAGUAAUGAGCUCAGUUCUUGCACAUCUACAAGUGACACUAAAUGCAAAUGUAAAAAAGGAUUUAUGCCCAUUGAUCGGAUAAAGGAAGAGAUUUGCUCUUGUGAAAAAGGUUCGGGAAUAGAUGAAACAGGAAUAUGCAAAAAAUGUGAGGAUGGCUUCUUCACAGACAAAGAAAACUCGAUUUGUCAAAAAUGGAGGGAGUGUAUAAAUGGGAUUGUGACCGCAGGCACUGGCACUUCUGAUGCUGUCUGCAAACACGCCUCGAAAGAGGUGAAAGAAGCUCCCACGAAAGAGGUGAAAGAAGCUCCCACGAAAGAGGUGAAAGAACCCCCUAAAGCCCACAUUACUCCAUUCCAGGCAACCACAAUCUCUUCUACGGCCACUUCAAGAAUUACAGACUCCUCUUCCAACAGCACACAAAAAAACAGCCUCUACAGCUUGUGGCUGGUCAUGCUAUGCGCUGGUAUUCUUCUGCUGGCUGGACUCCUGUACCACAAGUGUAAAGUCACCCACUGUAUUCAUAACCACAAGAAAGUGGAUUUUCGAAAAGAAAGUGUAUGCAGAAAGCCUGUUGAAGAAUCUGGGGAAAAGUGCCAGUCUUUGCUUGUCUAACGCUGUUGUUAAUGGCCUCAGUGUUUCUUUUUGUGGAAUAUUUUGUAUGCAUGCAAUAUUGGUUGUUUUAUAACUAGUUUAAUUGCUGUUAACUUCAUUAAAUCUCCACUUAAUAACACCACUUAAAGGGAUA